AUGAUUGAAAAGAUGAAAAAGAGUUUCCAUUCCGCUAAAACUAUGUCACGAGAGCUUUUGCUUUCCGAAAGAGCGUCUGAUGAUGAAGUCGAAGUGAACGCUGAUAAGCCUUUAAUAGCCGAGCUAAGAAGAGCAUGGAAGUCUACGGAUCGAAAGCGGCAAGAUAUACAAGGAAUACGAGCGUGGGCGAUAAUCAUGGUAGCUGCAUUCCAUUUCUUUCCCAUGUAUUGUCCAAACGGCUACGUAGGGGUAGACAUGUUUUUCGUCGUGUCCGGCUUUCUGAUGGCAAUGAUAAUCACCAGAGCAUCGCCAAUGAGUGCUUCGUCUCUUUUACUUUUUUAUUAUAAAAGAAUUAAACGAAUACUGCCGUUGUAUUAUAUGGUGUUGUUCGCAGUACUUUUACUUGUCGUAGUAAAGCUACCUGCAUUUCGCUCCAUAAAUUUUACAAGUUCUCGCAGAGCAUUAUUACUCAUCGCAAACAUUAAGUUCGAAAGUGAUCCAUUAAAGGAGUACGAGAAAAUGUUGAAAAAUGCUGAUGAUCUUUUUACGCACACUUGGUCUUUAUGCGUCGAGAUGCAAUGGUACUUGCUGGCUCCCCCUCUUUUCUUUCUACAGGAUUUGCUACUACCAAACACGAUAUUUUACUUGGGAAUCGUAUAUGCUUCUAUGCACUUCUAUUUCGCAGUUGACGACAACACCGCUUUCUAUAAUGUUCUCGCAAGGAUGUGGCAGUUCUGUGCUGGCAUGAUUGCUUUUGUGCACAGCGAUGAUAAGAGGCGUACAACACAAACGAAUCUGAUCGAGAGUGAGGAUAGCUUGCAGAAAAAAGGAGAAUUGGGCCAUAUUGACGUCAUUUCCUGGUUUGUAUUCGUCCUCGUCGUAAUGGUACCAUUUGUGUGGAUACCGCUACCAAAGCGAUUCCUUCGUAUAGAAACAACGAUCAUGACAGCAAUACUCAUUAGGCUAGGCAAGCACUGCCAGACAGCUGUACUCAUUAGACCGGAAGUAGUGUACGUCGGAGAGAUAUCAUAUGCUCUUUAUUUGAUACACUGGCCUGUUUUCGUUGUAAUGAAUUACUUAUAUCCUGAAAAUCCACUAAGUUCGACCGUGGGUGUGAUCACUUCCGUUUUCUUCGCUUUUUUGACGUACUACUUCUACGAAAAAAAUUAUCUGCGAUGGUCACCUACUUCUAUCUGCUUAUUGAUAGCCAUGCUCUUCCUUGGCUGCGGUUACCUAAGCUCGCUGCCCACAGAGCUUUUCAAACCGGUAGAGAUUGACUACAAUGGCCUUAAGAUAGAAGACGCCGCCUGGAACUUGACUUUGAUGCGUCAGCUGAAUGCUGCAGAAACUCCAGGUGGCCCGCAUAUGGGGCAUAAGGACUGCACUUAUAGCGCAAGAUUUGUGAAAAAAACAAGAGCUCCAUAUGGACUAUGUACAAUGAAGAAAGGAAACGGCAUGGUGGAUAUACUGGUUGCGGGAAACAGCUUCGCUUGUAAUCAAGGAGAUCUCAUUUACAACGCAUACAAAACGUAUGCAAGAAAUUUUCACAUAUUUUGUGUCGGUACAUGUGAAAUGAUUCACCCCAAAUGCCCAACUCCCUUCAACUUUACGGGAGUAGUCGAGGAAUUGAAGCCAGAUGUCGUAUUCUUGAUUGAAAGAGCAAUUCUUAUGAAAGCUCCGCUCAAUGCAAUGCAACCAAUUGACAGAGACGAGAAUUUUGAUCUCUUUAUGAAAUUGCUGAGAUAUCUAGAGAAAAAAACCAAAAAGAUAUAUAUCCUGCAAGCUCUACCGAGCUGUGUAGAAUAUUGCUCCGCUAAAGCUAUGCUGUAUUUGAAAAAUGGGAAAGCUUUGAGCACAAUCAAAGAAGGUCUUAUCGUAAGAGAUGAGUUCUUUGCUCGAUAUCGAAUAUGGGAACUAACCAAAAGGUGCAGAAAGUGUGAGAUAAUUGAUUACAUGCCAGUGCUUGCUGAUGAGAAAGGGCACUAUCUCGGCUACAAUUCUAGUACGAACCUCAUGUAUCUUGAUGAAGGAAAUCAUUUCAACAGAUUUGGCAAACAAAUUAUACAGACCAUCUUCGAGAAUCUGGCUAAGCAGUUUGUUAUACCUUAAAGUAAUAGAGCACAUCGUAUUUUGUAAUGCUCUGCUAUGAAAUUUUCUUCACAUUUCCUUAUAUUUAUGGAAAGAAUAUCUAUGCG